AUGGAGCGUACUUUAGCGCCACUGCACGUUGAUGAAGGCAGUCCGGAAACCUCACGGACUCAUCUACAAUCCGCCAUCAUCGUCGCCUCAACGACACUUGUAUUUACAGGAUGCGGAAUAAACUUCGCGUUCGGUGUCUUCCAAGAACUCUACGACUCCAUGUCAAAGGAGCCAAACACACCGUUCACUAGCGCAACACCCGCACAGAUUGACCUGAUCGGCACGCUCUCAAUUGCAUUGAUGACAAUCGGUGCUCCAUUUGCCACAGCGUGGACAAAGCAAUACCCCCCUCGAUAUGUCAUCUGGGCGAGUGGAGUCAUUCACGCAAGCGCUCUGCUGUGUGCCAGCUUCAGUCAACACCUGUGGCAAUUCAUCCUCACCCAGGGCAUUCUUCUCGGGAUGGCCACCUGUCUGACGUACAUGCCGUCUGUUACCGUGGCACCGACCUGGUUUACAUUGCACCGCGGACUAGCAAUGGGGAUGAUUCUUGCUGGAACUGGAAUCGGCGGUGUCGCGUGGCCACUCGCCUUUCGAUACCUCAUUCAAUCGGUCGGAUUCCGCAACACACUCCGCGUAACUGCGGGGAUCUCCUUUGUACUGAUAUGCGGCUCGGGGACCUUUAUACGCUGGCCGGCUAGUCAGAUCACUCGCAUUCAAGCCGAGAAUGCCGCUUCUUCCCGUUCCUCGACCAUUUUCCGCCUUCCGUUGGUCAACUGGCGCGUCGUCCGAAGCCGCAAAUUCAUCGCCCAUGCUCUGGGGGCAGCGUUGCAGUCUGCAGCAUACUACACACCGGUGUUCUUUUUCGCGUCUUUUGCCCGUACACUAGGUUACUCACAGGCAACAUCAGCGAACUUUAUUGCUAUCUCAAAUGCUGCAAAUGCGCUAGGCAAGGUCGCCAUCGGCUACGCAGCUGACCGGAUGGGAAGACUCAAUACACUGGUGAUAACGACCCUCAUUUCAGCCGUUUCAGUCCUUGCAUUGUGGCUUCCUUCCUGCACAUCUGCCGCACAAUCCACCGGGAGUGCACUGUUCAUUGCCUUUACAAUCUUCUACGGCAUCUUUGCAUCGGCAUAUGUCGCUCUCUUCCCGACGAGCUUGGUAGAGUUGUUCGGCGUGCAAAACUUUGUCAGUGUAAAUGGCUUGCUGUAUAUGGUGCGAGGCUUUGCAACAUUAGUUGGAACCCCAGUUGCGGGUGCACUGAUCCGCGGAAACCACGAGAAGAGCGUAAGUCCACGAAGUUAUGAGAAUACCAGCAUCAUGGUCGGUGUAUUGCUAUUCGUGGCAACGUUGGCUGUGGGUUGGGCACGACUUGAAGCUACCCUUACCCUUGAUGCUGCAGCAGGGCGUAGAAUAAAGUGGUUAAUGUGA